AAUCAAUGUACUUGAAAUUUUUUUCAUUGUUCCCAAUAUUCCCUCCUUCUGAUCUUCCUCUGCUCUCUUCAACGGCUGACCGGAGACGAAGAAGUAUCAGAGGAAGGAGCUCUCGAUCGCCCGAUACUCCGCCAGAUCUCUCCCUCCUCUGCCGUGAUCUAGGUUUUUCUUUCUCCAUCAAUGGCUGCUCCCCCGGCACGAGCUCGAGCUGAUUACGACUACCUCAUAAAGCUGCUCCUGAUCGGCGACAGCGGUGUCGGUAAGAGUUGCCUUCUUUUGCGCUUUUCAGAUGGUUCCUUUACUACCAGCUUCAUAACUACUAUCGGGAUUGAUUUCAAGAUUAGGACCAUAGAAUUGGAUGGCAAGAGAAUCAAAUUGCAAAUCUGGGACACUGCUGGGCAGGAGAGAUUUCGAACAAUAACAACUGCUUAUUACCGUGGAGCCAUGGGCAUAUUACUCGUGUACGAUGUCACAGACGAGUCGUCCUUCAACAAUAUCAGGAACUGGAUCCGCAAUAUUGAACAACAUGCUUCAGAUAACGUCAACAAAAUAUUGGUUGGCAAUAAGGCUGACAUGGACGAAAGCAAAAGGGCUGUUCCUACUGCAAAGGGCCAAGCUUUGGCUGAUGAGUAUGGCAUCAAGUUUUUUGAAACUAGUGCCAAGACGAACUUGAAUGUGGAGGAGGUUUUCUUCUCAAUAGCCAGGGACAUAAAGCAAAGACUUUCCGAAGCGGACACAAAAACUGAGCCUCAAGCAAUUCGGAUCAAUCAACAAGACCAGUCAGCAGGUGCUGCUCAAGCAGCAACCCAAAGAUCAGCUUGCUGUGGUUCUUAAGCUCGUAGUCGUCUUUCCCACGAUGAGCCUCAGUUCCCGGAAGAAGUUUGAUUUUGAAUGUUAUCGGUUCUUCUGUUGUGGCUUAUAAUAUUUUUCCUGCUAUGUGCUACUCGUCGGUGUGGGUGAUAAUAGAUCCUUUUUUUUUUUUUCCCUUACCUUUUUAUCUGGAAAGAAAUUCUGGGGGGAACUGUAACUCUGACGGACAAAUUAUUCGCAGUUUUCUCACCGACAUCUUAUUCACAAGCUUUGAUUUGACGUUUUUAUCUAUCAAUGGUAGGAACACAUCACUGUAUGUUUUCCCCUUA